AUGGGGGACUGCCCUGGCCCUUUGGUCCUGCGGAGGACCCCGGCCACUGCCCAGGCGCCAGGGCAGACGGGCUCCGGCUGCAGCAGGGCGCUCUUUGGACAGCCCCUGGCAGCCCUCUGCGGGGAGGACGGCUCCCUGCCCCAGCCCCAUCCAGGUGCUUUGGUCACUGCUGUUGGAAGGCAGCUUCUCAGCCAAGCAACUGUCCUCCUGCCCCUCCUGCAGGAGAUGCUGGCUGUCCUGCACAAGGAAGGACCGUCGACAGAAGGGGUAUUCCGAAGAGCUGCCAGCGGGACAGAGUUUCGUGAGCUGCGGGAGGCCCUGGACCAUGGUGCGGAUGUCGACCUGGGCAGCCAGCCUGCACUGCUGCUGGCCGUCAUCUUCAGGACCUUCCUCCGAAGCAUCCCCGCCAAGCUCCUCGUGACAGACCUCUACGAGGAGUGGAUGGCAGCAAUGCAGAAGAGCGGCAAGGAGGAGAAGGUUGAAGAGCUGAAAGCGAGCACUGACCGCUGGCUGAGAGCACCGGGAAAGCUGCGCAACCCACCCGCGUUGGGUGGCCGAGAAGUGCCUGGAGCCAAUCUCCUCCUCCUCAAGCGGCUGCUGGCCCUCCUCCAGCACAUCGGCCACAACGCCUCCAGCAGCAGAAUGACCGCCGGCAACCUGGCCAUCUGCCUUGGGCCAAAUCUGCUGAGCCCACCUAACGAGGACCUGCUCCCCCUCGAGGCCAUGCUGGCAGUGACUGAGAAGGUGAACGUGCUGGUGGCGUUUCUCAUUGAAUACUGCGGUGACAUCUUUGUGGAGGAGAUGGCUGGCCACUCCUGUCCAUCAGCCGGGGAGUCGCCAGCACCCAUGGACAGCGCCGCAGACCUGCAUUUGGAAGAGCAAAGUGGCCCUGCAGGCAGAGCAGACAGGGACCACCAGGCAGAAGCCUUGCUGCACGCACCACCCGCCUCUCUGCUGGACGUCCUCAAAGAAGCUGGGGGAGACGCGGUGGCGGAGUCCGAAACGGCAGAGGCACCCGUUGCUUUGGCUCCAACCACCCUGGGGACCACAGUAGACUCCCUGGGAUGCACAGAAGGACUAAAGAGCGUUUCAGAGGAAAGAAGGUAAAAUGAGUCAGCUUUGGGUAAAUCAAGAACUGAUUCUAGUUGAUCCUGGCUUUACCUACCUAAUCAUACUGUGGGAUGGAAAGGUUUUUAGGCUCCCCACAGGAAAA